AGGAGCCCCCUGCCUGGGGGAGUCCGGGCGCCUGCACAGCUUACCGGCUGCUGUCGGGCCUCUGGCUGGCGGCGUGCAGGGCAGGGGCUGGGGGCAGGGGUCUGCAGGCCGGCCUCUUCCCCACCCACCCCACCUUUCCCCUCUUGCGUCGUGCCUCUGCUGGUUCCAGUGGCGUCUCCUCUGUCAGGUUUGUCUCUUCCCGGUCUCUGCUCCCUGGCUGUCUCUCCUCCUCAGCCUGGCCUGAGAUCUUGCUCUGUCUCACUUGCCCUUUGACUCUGUCUCUCUGCCUCUCCCUUUGUCUUGUGUCCUCUCUCCUUCUCUCGUCUCUGCCUCCAUCUCCAGGCUAGCUGGCCAUUCCUUCCCUCUCCCCCCUGUGGUCUGCCAGCAUGCAGCCCUGGAGAGGAAAAUCCUGAACUGCCUCUGUUUUCUCCACCUGCCCUGAUAUCGUUGGUUCUAAUUGCUCCAGAAGCAAUGAGGGCUCCCAGAGUGGCUACUUGCCUAUCUCGGGCCUGUCCUUGACCACAGAGUGCGGGGUGGGCCACCGACUAGCUCUCCGUGCCUCCUAAUGCCUCUGUGUCCCCAUCAACUGGGCCUGGCCAGUUGUGCUGGGCCCCUGGGGCAUCCCUAGGGUGACAUCUGGUAGCCAGGCCUGGGCCAGGGUGUGGGAGACCCAGAAUGCCCCUGGGGACCCCUGGACCCGUGCUGUCCAGAAUAACGCCACUCCGGGAUGGGAUGGGAUGCGGGGCGAGCAGGAUCAUGGUGCCCCACUUCUCGGGAAAGGCAAAGUCCACCUGUGGAGUCCAGCCCACCCACCCCGCCCCAUCCAGAGCUUCUGGCUCUGCCUGUGGACACCCCUGAGCUCCGCACAUAGGGCGGGGACACCUGGAUUUCUCUGGCCCCCUGAGUGGGGCCAACUUGGAGGAAUUUCCCAAAGCCUAUUAGAGCAGUGGCUGCCUCCUGCCUGCCUCCUUGGGCUGGGCAGGGCUGAGGGCGGAGGGAGAGAGAGAGGGAGGGGGGAGAGGAGGGAGGGAAAAAAGUUGGCAGGCCGACAGCAGAGCUGUGUCUGCAUCCAUCGCUGAGAGGAGGCCCGUGCAGUGCGGGGCGGGCCAGGAGCAAGGAGAGGCCUUCCUCCCUUUGUGCUCCCCCCCUCCUCUCCUCCCCCCGGGCCCUAUAAAUAGGCCCAGCCCGGGCUGUGGCUCAGCUCUCGGAGGGAGUCGAGCACCAGGCAGCGGUCUCAAGCCAAGGCCCCUGCCAGCAUGGCCAGCGAGUUCAAGAAGAAGCUCUUCUGGAGGGCGGUGGUGGCCGAGUUCCUGGCCAUGAUCCUCUUCGUCUUCAUCAGCAUCGGUUCCGCCCUGGGCUUCAACUACCCGGUGAGGAACAACCAGACAGCAGGUGCGGCCCAGGAUAACGUGAAGGUGUCGCUGGCCUUCGGGCUGAGCAUCGCCACCCUGGCCCAGAGCGUGGGCCACAUUAGUGGCGCCCACCUCAACCCAGCUGUCACGCUGGGGCUGCUGCUCAGUUGCCAGAUCAGCAUCCUCAGGGCUGUCAUGUACAUCAUCGCCCAGUGCGUGGGGGCCAUCGUGGCCACUGCCAUCCUCUCGGGCAUCACCUCCUCCCUUCCGGACAACUCCCUCGGCCGAAACGAGCUGGCCCCUGGUGUGAACUCCGGUCAGGGCUUGGGCAUUGAGAUCAUUGGCACCCUGCAGCUGGUGCUGUGCGUGCUGGCCACCACGGACAGGAGGCGGCGUGACCUCGGGGGCUCGGGCCCCCUGGCCAUCGGCCUCUCUGUGGCCUUGGGACACCUGCUGGCGAUCGACUACACAGGCUGCGGUAUCAACCCCGCCCGGUCCUUCGGCUCCUCAGUGAUCACACAUAACUUCAAGGACCACUGGAUCUUCUGGGUCGGGCCGUUCAUCGGGGGAGCCCUGGCGGUGCUCAUCUAUGACUUCAUCCUGGCCCCCCGCAGCAGCGACCUCACGGACCGCGUGAAGGUGUGGACCAGCGGCCAGGUGGAGGAGUAUGAGCUGGACGGCGACGACAUCAACUCCCGGGUGGAGAUGAAGCCCAAGUAGAGAGGCCCUGGCCCGGGCACCCACGCGGGGGUGGGCAGGGGCGGGCGGAGGGCGGGAGGGGUGCAAUCACGUCCUAGACACUCUGACAAGCUGGCCAACGUCACUUCCCAACCAGUUCCCUCCGGAACUGCGUGGUCAAGCCUGGUUUGGGGCUGUUUCUAUCACUUUCUUUCUCUUUCUCUGUUUCCUGGCCUCUGGGCUUCCUGGGAACCGACAUUUACCAAUCACUCACUCCCUUGAAGUCACAGAGGAAGUGAAAGAGAGGGACCCACCCUGCUAAGCUGUCCCCUCAGAGUGUGACGGAAGGUGUGCCAGAAAGUCCUUCUCAUCCCAGAGUUGCUCAACAGCUCACCUGCUCCAGGUGUCUCGGGCCCCACUGUUACUGCUUUGUGCCUCUGGCCGCGGCCCUCCUUCUUCUGGAACAUGCACUCUGCCCCCAAGGGUGCUUAGAGGGGAAGAGCCCCUGGUAGGUGCAGUGGUAGGGGGCAAGGGGCAGAUGGGCUUCAUUCUUGCAGGCUGGCCUCCAGCCCCAGCUCCACGCCCAGACUUGCUGCCUGACCUUGGGAUCAUCCGUUAUCUCGGGGGCCCCAGUGACCCCCUCUGUAGAGUGGCAGGGACGGGAGAGCUCUACGGGCCCGAGGCCUCUCUAUUCUGUAAGCGUAGAUACUCCAUGGGUUCUAGAAGAUGUAGUAUGGACCAGCACCUCUUCUUCCACUUGCCCUGGUUCUUUCCCAAGUGCAGAGCCUUGGUUUACAUCUGUGUGAACACACGGCCAUAUGCAUACAUGUUUCAAAGCAGAGAUCAACAGACGGUCCAGGCCAUGAGAGGCCCCUGUUGCCAGGAAAGCAAGGCUGACCCCUAUGCUGCAAGGACAGGGUUGGCUCUCGCAGAAUAAUCCAGAUGGAGCCCGAAGGAGGAGCACCCAUGUUCCUUCACGGGGUUUUAGUUGGCCUUUCCCACGUAUCAUUGCAUCAUCUCGAUCAUCAUUUCAUUCUCUACUUCCUCCUGCCAGUGUAGACCCUGGUCACGCUCACGCAAGUGUGUUGGUUAUCUGAAGCCCCAAGCCCAAGGACAGAUGACCACGAUGCGGAUCAGCCCACAGAGGCAAAUGUCCCUUGCUGGACCCUUAGCGGGGGGACGUGGUUUCUAAGCCCCCAGCUGAUGGUGAGAGGCGAGGAGGAGCAGAUUCCCCCCUUAUUGCUGAACUCCUGGCUGGAGGCAUGUGAGGCAGGGGGGUUACCUGCCCAGGCUCCCCGUGUGACCCCAGGCCAUAGCCUUCCCUUCUCAUUUGCCUGGAUGGGACAUUCAGCCUUGGCCUGAUGAAGUAGCUACCAAUACAGCCCACAGACCCCUCAGAGGACAGAGUCUGCUUUGGGGGCAGCUGUCUAGACGGUCUGUUCAAUCCCAUCAGGGCCAGAGCAGGUCCCCCAGCAUGCCCGUCGCCAUGAUGGUGACAAAACCCAAGUAACUCCAUCUGCAGAUUAUCUGGAAGCAGCAGGACAACCAGGUAACACUUAAUGGUCACCGACCCGUCAUGACAUCGACACACUCUCUUCUCCAUUCCCUAGCAGGGACUUCUAGCUCAUUUAACAGAUAAGGAAACUGAGGUCCAAUGUCCCACAGUGAGGUAACGACUUGGCCAGGCCUAGCAACCAAGGCCAUGUCUCUGGCUACUCCCUGGACCACAAGACUGACCCCUCUUAUUCCCAGCUGCUCGGUUUCUGCCUGCGUGGUGGUCAGGAGCCAGGAGGGGCGAGGCUUGUGCUGGAGGGGAGAGGGGGGCAGACCCGCUUCCUGCCUGGUUCUGGCUGCUGCGUGCCAGACCUUGCAUCUGUCUCUCUGCAUAUAUGUCUCUUUGGAAUCGGAAUUUCAUUAUAUGUUAAGAAAAUAAAGGAAAAUGACUUAUAAUGUCA